AUGGCCACAGGCUUCCGUCUGCUGUACGGCAAAGUCUGCUGCGGCCUGUGCUGCACUCUCUUCAAACCGAGACGUCGCCGAGUCGCCAUGGACGUGGAAAAAGGCCUGGGCCGGCCGCUGGUCACUACAGAAGAAGAACAACCGGACAAACCAAAGGAGGUGAUACACGUUCCCACCUCGCUCUGUCUCCUGCUCAUCGCGGCGUACAUCUUCGCGGGCGCCAUGCUCUUUUCCAUCUGGGAGGAGUGGGACAUGCUGAUGGGGUCCUACUUCUGCUUCAUCACGCUGUCCACUAUCGGGUUCGGCGAUAUCGUGCCUGGUAUGGAGGGGUCGGCGUGGGCGCACGAGGAGAAGCUGGUUCUGUGCGCGCUCUAUCUCGUCCUGGGCCUGUCGCUCAUCGCCAUGUGCUUUAACCUGGUGCAGGAGGACGUCAAAGCCAAGUGCCGCUGGCUGGGCAUGAAGCUAGGGAUCGUAGAGAAACCAGAGACGCCUAUCUAG